AUGCCUAAGGCCGCAGCUAAGAGCAAGACCACCGGCAAGGUCGAGAAGCGCCGUGGCAAGAAGGACCCCAACGCCCCCAAGCGUGGUCUGUCUGCCUACAUGUUCUUCGCCAACGAGCAGCGCGAGAACGUCCGCGAGGAGAACCCCGGUGUUUCCUUCGGCCAGGUCGGCAAGAUCCUCGGUGAGCGCUGGAAGGCUCUGACCGAGAAGCAGCGCGGCCCCUAUGAGGCCAAGGCUGCUGCUGACAAGAAGCGCUACGAGGACGAGAAGCAAGCCUACAACAGCUAA